AUGCCGCCGCCGCCGCCGCCGCUCCUCCUCCUCCUCCACGUUUUCUUCCUCUUUCGAGCCAUACUCGCUGACCCCGUUCUGGUGGAGCAAGAGAAUAUUCGCUUCUCUACGCACCAAGAAAAUCGAUUGAGCUCCGGCGGGCCGCCGGUGGAGCACAUCGCCGUGGUCCGCCCUCUCCCGACGGAGAAGCUGACGCCAGUGUCUAUCCAGCGCGUCCUGUCCCACGCCUUCGGGCACACCGUCGGCCUCCCUCCGGCGACGGCGACGUACUACGCUCCCUCGUGCAGCUGGAACCGGGCGGUCCUCGAAAUCGCCGGUCACUGUAACGGAACUCAGUACGACCGCAUCGGCGGCGCGUGGCUCUCCGGCGUGGAGCUCAUCCGCACGAGCACGCCCCAGUCCCGGUCGGAAGGAACCUUCUGGAAAGUUCGAAAGGACAUCACGCGUUACCAGUAUCUCCUCCGGCAGACCAACAUCACUCUCUCGGUCAUGCUCGAGAACUCCAUCGACCUUAUCCACUACGGAAGUUACUUCCUCAACAUCACUUUCUUGUACUACGAUACUCAGACAACCGCCGCCGCCGCAAAAAUCUCUCUACCGCUGCUCCCCGCCGCCGCCGCCGCCGGAAAACUCGAAGACGACAUGAACAAGCAUAUCUCGCUGGUACUCGACGAAUACCCGGCAGAUAUAAUAAUCCCGAUCUGCUCAACCGGAGAGCACGGAUUCUGGUUCAAAAUCAACACCGGAUUGGAUUCCGUAAUCCAGGGAAUCACGAUUCCCCGGAAUACAUACCGAGCAGUAAUUGAGGUAUACGUCUCCCCUCAUGGCGACGACGAGACAUGGUUCGCCAAUCCGCCGGAUUCCUACCUCGACAUGAACGGACUGCCGACGAAUCGCGGCCACGGCGCCUACCGAGAGCUAGUGGUGAAGAUCAACAACAAUGUGGUGGGGUCAACGAUUCCGUUUCCGGUGAUCUACGGCGGCGGCGUGAAUCCCCUGUUUUGGGAUCCCCUGGCCGCGAUAAAAUCCUUCGAUUUUCCGACCUACGAGUUUGAGCUGACUCCAUUUCUCGGGAUGCUUCUAGACGGUAGGAACCAUUACUACGGGCUGAACAUCCCCGACGCUAUCGGGUACUGGCUAGCCGACGCCAAUCUCCACAUAUGGCUCGAUAAAUCAGGGCAGCAAGUUCUAGCCGGCCCGAUCAAAUACAAGAACCCCUCAACCUGCAUCGAGAGAGAAUACAAAUUCGAGCAGCGCGAAGGCAAGUUCGAAAUCGAGGGGGAGCGCAAAAGCGAGUGGUCCGGGUGGGUAAACUCGAGCCUCGGCAACUACACGACGCAAGUCACCCGUAAACUCGAGUUCGAGAACACUAUCGAGUACAAGAGCAACGGCGCCGAGAAAGAGGUUGAUCAGGAGGUGAAGAUCGAGUCACAAAUCCGGGUGAAGACAAAGUCCGGCGACUCCGUCGCCAAGCUCGACGUGGAGUCCAAAUUCCCUUUGAAAAUGCGGAUCAUCGACAAUGACGGCUCCGGCGAGCACAGCAGAUUGCUGACGACCAAGCUGGAGCAGUCAUUGGAGGUGAACCAGAAGGACAGCGGGUACAGUAGCAAGCUCCGGGACAGCCAGGAGUGCAGCGGAUGGAUGUUCGUUUUAGGGCGCGACGUGCUGUCCGGCUCCGCCUCCGUGGAGCAGAGCUACAAGCUGGACGACAGAUUCGGGUGCUAUAGCCGCAAGGUCGAAUCCGAGCGCGGCGUCAUCCAGACAAACCUCUCCAUCCUCCUCUGCUCCCAGGCUAAUGCAGCUUAG